AUGUCUCGGUACGAUGUCCUGAGGCGGGAAGAGGCUGUCGGGGCCGGACGCGCGGCCGCCCAAGCCGGUGUUGUCGGAGCCGCACGCUGGGGUGUCGGCUUCGCGAUCCUGGGCGGCAUCGGCUAUGCCAUAUCGCCCAUAUAUAGGGGGUUGACAAUUCAAUUCAAGACCUACAUUCAAAUGUCGGGCAUGGUUUUUGGCGGCAUGAUAGAGGCAGACAGGGGCCUCAGGAGAUUCGAGGCUGAGCAGAGGUCCCGAAGGCGAGCGGCCAGGAAUCAAGUCGCGUGGGAGGCGUAUGAGAAGGAGCUGAGGGCGCUCGAAGGUGAGGAGGAUAUGAAUUUCACGGAUCAAGGGCAGGGAACCAAGGGCAAUGAAACCCUAGGCAAGCCGGGCGACGCAUCGAACUCCAAGUAA